CGGUGAAUUCCGAGCUUGGGGAGCCAGGAAGUAUGGCCCAGAGGCAGCAGGCACAGUGGUCAGCAAGAGUGUGGUCAGUUCGUCCCAGAAACCCCAGUGCCGUCGGUGGUCAGUUCGUAGGGGGUAUAAAAGGUAUGGUGGGAGAGGCGUCUGACCUUGAACUUCAGGACGGGGAGACAGAGUCAUUGCCAGCAACCACAGCCCAUGGCUGACUGCUGUGAGGUACAGGUCAGACAUGCCUCCUCUCUCCAGUCUUUUUACCAGCCAUCCCUCCCGCUGCACUCUUUACAUCUCUCCUGGAUUCAAAAACUCUGCAGUGGCUGCAUGGAACUCACAGACCAUACUCUUGAUUAUGGGGUUUGCUAGGGAAGUAACAGUUCACGAUUCGGUUCGGGAAUAGUCAGGCCAGCCUCUUCUCAGCCAUGCCCGCAGGCACGCCUCUCGGGCCCUCGGUCCCUGCUCUCCUCCGGCAAGCAUUACAAAGCUCUUUUAGUGCCUGGAGGCACGCCACCAGUUAGUCUCAGCCCAGCCUGAAGGCGCUAAGCUUAUUCCUCUGUGGAUCAGUGAGCCUAGUUCUGCUGCCAAGUGCCCGGAUACACCCCCACUCCGCCAGAAUGCCUCCUGCCCAAAGGCGCUCAGCUCUCUUGCUCUGUGGGUCAGCACACUCACUGUAACCGCCUUGCUCCAUGGGUCAGGAAGCCCAUGACACCAUGUCAUUCUGGUUUCCUGGUUCUCCUGGUUCAGCUGCCUCUGCUGCUGCCAUUUCUCUGCCGCUGCUUUUUACCAUCUCUUGCUGUCUCUGAUGUUACACCUGUCUCUCUCCAUCUCCUGGGUUUAGGAGGUUCUUAGUGCAGAGAUCCCGGGUCCAAUGAACACGCUCUAUUCCUGGCUAUUCUUCCUUGGUGAUAGUAGGUACCCCCCGAUCUGGGAUUAACUGCUUUUUUAAGCCUAAUGGUACAGCAAAACUAACCGAAUCUCCUCAUUAGGGUUCUGUACACCUUAUUUGCAUGAUUCCACCCCCACAAGAGUGCCAUAUGCCUUAUUUACAUUAUUAGUAAGCUAUCCAAUCCCCUCAGUGGGCCAUAAGCACCUCAUUUGCAUACUCCCACCCUGCCAUUUGGUGGGAGUUAGAAAAACUGCAGCUUGAAGGGCCAUGUUAAGUAAUUCACUGAAACACAGGAGGUCACUUAAAUGAUUCUUGCCUCAGUUUCCCCAGCCACACAGUCUACUUUAAGGGUUGUAAGGAUUCUAGCGGGGAUAUGUGUAAAGGCCGGAGCCCAGCUGUGGUAGGAGCGUGGUGAUAGGGAACUGUUGAAACAGUGGCCCGGGGCUGCCCCGUGUGUUCUGGCACAGGUUCGUAGUGAUGGUGGUGGGCUUCCCUGCCGGGCUGCUGGGGGGACUAGAUGGAAACCUGUACCCAGAGUGGUGGUAUUGCUGUUGGGUUCUAUCCAGUUGAUUCCGGCUCAUAGCGACCCCAUGUAUCAGAGUAGAACUGCCCGUAGUGUUUUCUAGGCUGUGAUCUUUACAGGAACAGAUCAUCAGGUCUUCCUUCCGCAGAGCUGCUGGGUGAGUUUGAACUGCUGACCUUUCAGUUAGCAGCCCAGUCAGUGCUCAACCAUUGCACCACCAGGGCUCCUUGAAGGUAGAGGGGCAGCCACUAUUAUUGUCCUGUGGAAGUGGACUUGUCUGUGGGUGGGGUGAGGGGAACUCAGUGCCACAGUGGCCAAGGGACCUGAGAGUGGUUUCAGUCAGGAUGUGAACUGCCAACCCCGCCCAGGGCUUCCCAGCCUGCCAGCCUGUGUGUCACUGGUGGUGGGGUGGGUGUGUCAAGAGGCCAGACCCCUCACUCCUGGUCCACCUGCACUGUUGGCACCUUGAUCUCUUUCCUGUGCCUCUCACAUGGGCCCUGGAGCGUAUGCCAGGAGCAUCCUAGGGGGUGCAGGGUGGCUCCUUGACCCCACCCCCCAGCAGGAAGUGCCUUUCCCUCCCCAAAUGGCUCACCAGGUUGUCAUCUCCAGUGUGGCACCAGAAGGCCUGGAAGCAAAGGGUGAGGACAGUCCUGGGGCCUGGGAGGAGCAGGAUUGGGAACUGGUGGCCUGCACCCUGCUCAUUAGCUCUGCAGCCUUAUCAGUCAGUCAGAAUAAUGGCAGUUGCCUGGCCACCUCCCUUCAUCCAAACUAACUGAAACAAUGUCUGUGAAUGCCUCUGGGGAAGGGCUGCCCAAGCAGUGAGGUGUCAUUUCUGCUUGAUGGGCUGGGAGGAGCUCGGGAGUCAAAGGCCUCUACCCCCAGAACUACCUGGCAGCACCCUGAGUUAUCAGAGUUGCCACCUGGCCCAUCCUCUUGCUGCUUCCCGUCGCCAGUUCUGGGGUGGCCGGAGGUUGUGAGAUGUGACAGACAAGAGGCAGGACUCAGGCUGGGGUCGCAGCCCCACCACUUCCAAACUUGUGUGGGACCUUGGGCCUCUGAGCCUCUGUUUCCCCAUCUGUCAAAUGGGGGCCUGUCACUCUGGGCCUCUAGGCUCAGAUAGGAGGCCAAGUGAACUAUGGCAGCAGAGGUCAACCAGGAGUAAAGAAGCUACCAGUCAUUCACCACUGAUGACGGGAUAGGUCCUGUCCCUCCACAGUGUCUCAUCACCUUGGUGGCAGGAGCCUUGUGUGGUGGCGUAUGGCCCCAUUUCACAGCAGAGAAGAUGGAGGCUCAGAAGUGGUGACUUGCCCAAAUUUUCCCUGCAGGUGGGUGGCCGAGCUGAGCUUUGAGCCUUGGUCUCAGCUCCCCAAUCCUGCUCACCUCUGGUGGUUCCUGGUCACCCCUGGUGUGGGUGGUGGUCCCCGACCUCCAAGUGUCCUGAAGCCUGGCAGCCAUCCAGGCCUCUUCCAGGGAAGCAAGGUGCCCUAGGGCAGGGUUCUGGGAAAUCUGGUUUAUUAGCUCCUUUUAAUGACUGUUUACAAGCUGAAAAGUGUUUGCCUGGCCUGUUUCGUCUCUGCUGAGGGGUUGACAUAUGCAGAGCAGCCCUGGGCCUCCUGCAGUGAGGGCCUGCAGUGCCCCACACUGAGUAUGUUCAGGUCAGAGGCCCUGGAGCUCAGGGGCAGCACAAGUGGGCAGCCCCGGUUCUGAUGCCUAGCCAUGUAAUGCUAGGCACAGGACUUCCCUCUCUGUAAAAGAGGGUCGAGACUCACCCUCAGUGACCAUGCUCCCAGGAUGAGCCCUGGUUUAACGAUGACAAAGCUGCCUAGACUUCAGAAAGCUUAAGACCCCUGGGAGGUUACCUAACAUCUUACACAAGCAAACUGCAGCUCAGAUUUGCCCAAGGUCACACAGCUGUUAAGCCUGGGUCUACUAGCUUGUCUCCCCCAGUCCAGCAGUAUUUUCAUGUCUGGAGCCAGACCAUGAGGAGGUGGGUGGGAAAGGGUGGGAGGAACCCUUACCUUGAAAGCAAAGACCAAGCCCCCUGUCUAUGUCUGUGGGAGGGUCGUGUCUGGAAGCAGGCCGGCCUGGUCACACCUCAGUGAUGGGGAAGCCUCUGCUCCCACCGCACGCUAUACCCCAUCUUGUCCCUGACCACCGGGCGGGUGCCUGGCCUCUGCUGUUUACCAGGACCAGUGAAAACUCUGUUUCCCAGUAUGUGUCCCAACGUCCUCAUGAGUGAUGGGAGCAAAGCCCCGCUGAUACCAAACAGUGUGGUAGCCAGUGGUGUAUGCUGCCUCUCCAGAAUCUUCUGAUGCCCUGACAGCCAGCCCCAGUAUAGAGCAGGGCCUUCUGACCUCCCCCUUCAGAAUGACACUGACAGAGCAGAACUAGGGCACAGGAUACAGCCUUCAAGAGGCAGCCAGGCUGCAGGGCAGAGCAUCCUGGAGGGAUGCUGCAGUUGACCCCACCUGCAGGCUUGGGAGCUGCUUCUCGCUGGGGGAGCAGAAGCCUGCUGUUCCAGGGCUCCAUCCAGGUCACCUUUAUCGCUGCUCGGCUGCUGUCCCCUCACCUUUCUCAACCAGCAGCUCCCAGAGUCCAGAGGGUUCCAGAGGGACCUCUGGGAGGGCACCUGGUGGCACUUCCACUUCCUGUGGCUCUUGCCCCUGUAUGUCGGUGGCAGCUGCUACACCUGGACCCCUCGGGCUUGGGGACCCCCAACUUAGUCGAUCUAGUUUCUUAAUGGCUGCUAUAACAAAAUACCGCAAAGUGGGUGGCUUUAAAAACAGAACUGUAUUGUCUCACAGUUCUGGAGGUUGGAAGUUCAAAUCAAGGUGUCGGCCAUGUUGAUUUCCUUCUCGAGCUCUGAGGGAGAACCUGUUUCAUGCCUCUCUCCUAGACGUAUCUGCACAUGGCACCUCCCCCUGUGUGACAUCUCCAUGUCUGUCCUCCCCUUUUGUGACACUAGUCAUAUAGGAUCAGGACCCACCCUACUCCUGUAUGAUCUCUUUAACUUCGCUAGUAAUAUCUUCAAAGAAAGACCAUAUUUCCCCAAACAAGGUCACGUUCACAGAUACAGGGGUCAGGACUUGAACAUGUCUUUUUGGGGACAUGAUUCAAUCCACAACAGCCGGGGGCCAGGCAGAGGAUGGGAGCCUUCCUGUGUCUGGAGCCUGGGUGGGUGGCACAGAGAGGCAGUGGGAUCUGAGCCAUUCCUAGAACAUGGCACUGCCCCUGCCCCGCCCCUCCAUGUCUCACACCGGGCUCCAGCGUCCGCUUCCCAUGUCUGUGGUCAUCCCAGGCCACUCUAACUGGAUUUGAGGGGCGCUCCAGGCCUGGGGCAGAUAGAAAAAGCACAGAGAAGCCAGUGGGUCCCCAAGCCUCAGGUCAGCCCUGAAACUGCCUCUCCCCAGUUCUUUAUUUUCAGAACUGGGUUGGGGCAAACCCUCAAAGGAUGGCAGGGGAGGCAGGUGCAAGCCCACAGGGCUGUUUCAUUUACCCUCCCCUCAGCUCUGGGGUGGGGUGUGUGCCCUGGGUGCCAUAUAGAUCUGCGUCUGCACUGACUUGCCAGCUGCUGCUGGCCUCUCUGGGGAAGUAGGUGAGGCCAAGAGGGAGGGCCGCUGUCUGGUUUUAUUACUGUCACCACCCUCCCCCUUUCCUUCCCCCUCUCCCCCCACUCCCGUUGACCCCAGGUCCCUACUAGGGUGCUUGCUGCUGCUCACCCCCUUCCUUCCCUUUUGUUUCAUUGUUGUUGGGUGCAGUUGAGUAAGUUCUGACUCAGUGACUCCAUGUGACAGAGUAGACUGCCCCAUAGGGUUUUCUAGGCUGUAGCCUUACAGAAGCAGAUCGCCAGGAAACAGAUUGCUAGGUCUUUCUCCGGCAGAGCUGCUGAGUGGGUUUGAACUGCCAUCCUUUCAGUUAGCAGCCAAGCACUUUACCAUUGCACCACCAGGGCUCCAUCAUCUCUUCAUUAUUCUUCCCCAGUUCUGCCCCCAGACCCUCAGCCUGCCUCUUACCACUUUCCUGCCCUUGGUCCCUGUCCCCAUUGCCCACUAGCCAGGCCAGGAGGUAUGCAGGGCUGAGUCACUGCUCUGUGGGGGACUGUGUGGGGAGCUGAGUUAGAGAUGACAGCUUUCAUUCACAUCAGUGGCUCCUUCCGGGCCUGCAUCAUGGGGGCUGGGGCUACUCCCUGAGGUCAGCAGAGCGGGGGACUGCUCAGUGGCCAGGGCCCAGCUUCCUCUCUGCAGCUUUCUUAAAAUGACCUGGUUUCCAGAAGGGCCAUGGGCAGGGAGAAUUGGUUUCGGUUUCUGUGGCCGGGAAGCAGGGGAGGGGAGCUAUUUCCUCUUCCCUGGUCUUCACCCUGUUACUCUGUGAUUCAGCGCGGGACAGACAGGUUCCCCAGGAGCCCCAGGCCCACUGCCCUGCCCUCCAGUGGUCCACUCUGCCAGGACGCUCAGCAGACUUGGGCCCUGACCAGGCUGGAAGGCAUUUCCGGGGCCAGAUUUUGGUUUCUUCACUUCCUCAGUUCAGGGCUGACACUUGGCCCCAGAGCAUCUGUGCAGAGUGAGGAAAGGACUAGAACAUGCUCUGAAGACCUCUGCAUCCAGACUGAGAAAGCAGCGGGCCAAGUCGCACACUCUGAAGCCUCCUGUCCACCAUGGCCUCUGCUGACAAGAAUGGCGGGAGUGUCUCCUCCGGGUCCAGCAGCCGCCUACAGAGCCGGAAGCCGCCCAACCUGUCCAUCACCAUCCCGCCGCUUGAGACCCAGGCCCCUGAAGAGCAGGACAGCAUGCUGCCCAAGAGGCACAGCCCAGUGGUUUGGGGUCAGCGGCGACUGGGAAGGAAAGAGGCAGAGCUGGCAACGUAAAAGCCUGCACCACUGCAGCGUGCGCUACGGCAAGCUGAAAGCCUCCUGCCAGCGUGACCUGGAGCUGCCCAGCCAGGAGGUGCCUUCCUUCCAGGGCACCGAGUCUCCCAAACCCUGCAAGAUGCCCAAGAUCGUGGACCCGUUGGCCCGGGGCCGGGCCUUCCGCCACCCCGAUGAGGUGGACCGGCCCCACGCCCCACACCCACCACUGACCCCAGGCGUCCUCUCCCUCACCUCCUUCACCAGCAUCCGCUCUGGCCAUUCCCACCUGCCCCGCCGCAAGAGGAUGUCUGUGGCUCACAUGAGCUUUCAAGCUGCCGCCGCCCUCCUCAAGGGGCGCUCGGUGUUGGAUGUUGCUGGACAGCAGCCCCGGGUAGUCAAGUGCAGCUUCGCCUACCCCAGCUUCCUGGACGAGGAUGUGGUUGACGGGGCAGACACAUUUGACUCCUCUUUUUUUAGUAAGGAAGAAAUGAGCUCCAUGCCCGAUGAUGUGUUUGAAUCUCCCCCCAUCUCUGCCAGCUGCCUGCGAGGGCUCCCGCACUCAGCCUCCCCGGUCUCCCCCGAGGGGGUGCAGAUCCCUCUCAGGAGGGAGUAUGGCCGCUCGGUGGUCCCAGCGGCCAGGCGUGGCAAGCGCAUUGCCUCCAAGGUGAAGCACUUUGCCUUCGACCGGAAGAAGCGGCACUAUGGCCUGGGCAUGGUGGGCAACUGGCUGAACCGCAGCUACCGCCGCAGCAUCAGCAGCACCGUGCAGCGGCAGUUGGAGAGCUUUGACAGCCACCGCUUCCCUGGGCCUGCACCCACCACCCAGCUCUCAGAUGCAGUCAGUCAACAAGCACCCAUUAAGCACCAAUGCAUGCAGACUCCGGGAGCGACAGAAUGGGCUGGGAGUGCAGGGCCAUACUUCACAUACUGGCUGACCUUCGUCCACGUCAUCAUCACACUGCUGGUCAUCUGCACAUACGGGAUUGCGCCCCUGGGCUUUGCCCAGCAUGUCACCACCCAGCUGGUGCUAAGGAACAAAGGUGUAUACGAGAGCGUCAAGUACAUCCAGCAGGAGAACUUCUGGGUCGGCCCCAGCUCGAUCGAUUUAAUCCACCUGGGCGCCAAGUUCUCCCCCUGCAUCCGGAAGGACCAACAGAUUGUGCAGCUGGUGCGGCGGGAGCAAGACCUGGAGCGGGACUCGGGCUGCUGCGUUCAGAACGACCACUCAGGCUGCAUCCAGACCCAGCGCAAGGACUGCUCGGAGACUUUGGCCACUUUUGUCAAGUGGCAGGGUGACACCGGGCCCCCCAUGGACAAGUCUGACCAGGGCCAGAAGCGGACGUCGGGGGCUGUGUGUCACCAAGACCCCAGAACCUGUGAGGAGCCUGCCUCCAGCGGUGCUCACAUCUGGCCAGAUGACAUCACCAAGUGGCCGAUUUGCACAGAGCAGUCCAGGAGCAACCAUACAGGCUUUCUGCAUGUGGACUGCCAGAUCAAGGGCCGGCCCUGCUGCAUUGGCACCAAGGGCAGCUGUGAGAUCACCACCCGGGAGUACUGUGAGUUCAUGCACGGUUAUUUCCACGAAGAAGCCACGCUCUGCUCCCAGGUGCACUGCUUAGAUAAGGUGUGUGGGCUGCUGCCCUUCCUCAACCCUGAGGUCCCUGAUCAGUUCUACCGGCUCUGGCUGUCUCUAUUCCUGCAUGCUGGUGUGGUGCACUGCCUGGUGUCCGUGGUCUUCCAAAUGACCAUCCUGCGGGACCUGGAGAAGCUGGCCGGCUGGCACCGCAUCUCCAUCAUCUUCAUCCUGAGUGGCAUCACUGGCAACCUCGCUAGCGCCAUCUUCCUGCCAUACCGGGCAGAGGUGGGCCCAGCGGGCUCGCAGUUCGGCCUUCUGGCCUGCCUCUUCGUGGAGCUGAUCCAGAGCUGGCAGCUGCUGGAACGGCCCUGGAAAGCAUUCCUGAACCUUUCGGCCAUCGUGUUCUUCCUGUUCAUCUGUGGCCUCCUGCCCUGGAUCGAUAACAUUGCCCACAUUUUCGGCUUCCUCAGCGGCCUGCUGCUGGCCUUUGCCUUCCUGCCCUACAUCACCUUCGGCACCAGCGAUAAGUACCGCAAGCGUGCCCUCAUCCUGGUGUCCCUGCUGGUCUUUGCCGGCCUCUUCACCUCGCUGGUCAUCUGGCUCUACGUCUACCCCAUCAACUGGCCCUGGGUCGAGUACCUCACCUGCUUCCCCUUUACCAGCCACUUCUGUGAGAAGUACGAGCUGGACCAGGUGCUGCACUGACCUGCUGGCCCAGCUGGGCUCCAGCCGUUUAUUCUCAGAGUGGCGACAACUAGCCUGCCAUGAGGUGCCAGCUCCAGGGCACUCCACCCCCAUCCCAAAGACCCCCGGAUGGGGGUGAGGCUGGGGUGCCUGACUUCAGGGGAGAGGGCGGAUAACAGAGGUCUCUUGGGAGAGUAGAGCCCCCCCAUCCUCUGGCUGUGUGUCCCUGGCCCAGGCUGGAGACACCCAGAGCACCUGAUUCUCAGCAGCUUUGACCACAGGCCUGACCUCCAUUCCCACUCCCUGGCUUUGGCUUUGGGGCCGCCUGCUCGGGUGGGAUCUGUGCUUCCAAGGUCCUGAGGCUGCUGUCUUCUCCCAGCUCAGCCUCUGCUGGUGCCUUCUCCCACCGUUACUGUGAAUGUGCACUUCCCAGGGACAUGGCUGUCCCCUUGGUUGGCCCAGGGCGGCCUCAGGCUGGGCAGCUGCCUGGGCACCCAGGUUUCCACUCCAUCUCACCACACCCACCAGGGCCCCCUUCCUGCUUCCCCUCCUACCUGCCCCCCCACAGCCCUGUGAGCCCGGCCAUCCGUGGACACUGAGCUGCACUCAGCUCCUGUGCUUUGGCCAUGGGCUGUGAUGCCAAGAGCUUUUAGCAAAUGGGCUGUACACCUAAAAGGGGGGAGGAGGGGCCCUGGAAGGGCUGAGGCUUCUACAUCCCUGCCCCAUCCUCAGGACGCCUUCAGUGUUCUGCUCCCCGAUGGGGCUGGUGCUCUGACGGUGCCACCCCAAGACCCACUACCUCACUCACCACCCGAGUGGGGGGGGAUGACCAGGCCACCCCAAGGACCUGCCCUGGGGGUUGCUCAAGGCUCAAUCAGGUCUGAAUUUUUUUUUUUUUUACUGGUUUAUAUCAUGGUCAUGAUUUUUAAAAAGUAACGCUAACUUUAUAUGGAUGAUGUCUCAAAGUAUUAAAUGUUCUUUAUGGAAAA